CAGGUUUGGCUGGGCAAAAACGACUUUAUGGAGAAUGAACCCUCUGCCCAACACCGGCUUGUCAGCAAAGGCAUCCCUCACCCUGACUACAACAUGAGCCUCAUGAUGGACCACAUCCCACAACCUGAGGAUGACUACAGCAAUGACCUGAUGCUGCUCCGCCUCAGCAAGCCUGCUGACAUCACAGAUGUUGUGAAGCCCAUCGACCUGCCCACUGAGGAGCCCAAGCUGGGGAGCACAUGCCUUGCCUCAGGCUGGGGCAGCAUUACACCCAACAAAUUCCAAUACCCAGAUGACCUCCAGUGUGUGAACCUAGAGCUCCUGCCUAAUGAGGACUGUGCCAAAGCCCACACAGAGAAGGUGACAGAUACCAUGCUGUGUGCAGGGAACAUGGACGGAGGCAAAGACACUUGUGCGGGAGACUCAGGAGGCCCACUGAUCUGUGAUGGUGUUCUCCAAGGUAUCACAUCAUGGGGCCAUACCCCAUGCAGUGAACCUGAUAUGCCAGGCGUCUACACCAAACUUAUUAAGUUCACCUCCUGGAUAAAAGACACUAUGGAAAAAAACCCCUGAGUGUCACAUUGUCUGUCCCAUGU